AUGGUGUUCUGUGCAUAUUGCGGGAAAAGCUUCACCCGCAAGGAGCAUCUCGAAAGACAUAUACCCAGCCACACCAAUGUGAAGCCUCAUCGCUGCAGCGCUUGUCAGCUCUCCUUUGCUCGAAGAGACCUCCUCCAAAGACAUCACUCGACAUACCAUGAGGCAAGAGAUCCAAUGGAACCACUUCCCGGCGGUGUCCCAACAAUCGCAGGCAGAACGCCUAUAGCAUGCCAGAACUGUGCAAGCGCAAAGACAGGAUGCGACAAGCGGGUUCCCUGCAGUCGCUGCGCCGAGAAGAAUCUGCCAUGUGCGGCGCGAUUCGCUCGUCGGUCGUCCAAGGCUGCUGCGCGUGCAGCCCAGGCCAGCGCCGCCAUCAAAAACGACCAGUCGGCGUCUGGGUUGUCAGUGCCCCAGCCCUCAUCGAUGCCCGUUGCUCUUAUAAUGGAGGUCGAGGGGAAUGACCUGCUGAGUUCUCGUAUUCCUGGGAAAGAACCGCCAGACUCUGAACCGGUGGCGUCUGUUGAUCUGACGGUGCAGACAACAACGAUAACACCGCAGGAAAAGACAGCCUCGGAACAGGGUCAAUUCAGCCCGAUGGAGUACCCCUCUCCAUUUCAGGCCAAGGUUGACCUGAUGAGCGACUUUCUACCGUAUGGUAACAACGAAUUUGCUGCAGCGGAACCUUGUUACUCGGACUUGCUCAUCUGGCCUGAAUAUUCCAUGGACCUUGCAUCCUCCGACCUGUAUGCAAACGCCAUGAGCAUGCCAUCAGACAUGGCCAUGCCCACGUUCUCUGACUUCAGCGACAUCUGCUCCAGCUCCGAGACGACAACAACAGCAACGUACUCUUCGCGAGGGUCCGUACACACCAGAGGAACCAGCAUCGUGUCGAUGCCAGAACACGAACCCAUCAAAGCGAUGGAUGACAUGAGAAACAGUAACAACAACAACAUAUGUAUCAUAACCAAGUCAGCAGUGAUCCCCGAGUUCCAAGUCGUCAUUGCAGCCGAGAACUCAUGGCCUUUGGCAAGAUGCAACCCGCCUACAUUUUCUGCCAGCUGCCCUCGCACUGCCAUUGUGCAUCUUGAGGCCUUAGAGCAGAGGUGCAAGCAGGACGAGACCUGGGACUCACUCGAGAGGUACUUGACUCAGUCCCACAGCCGCGAGAAAACUCCACAGUCUCCUUAUGUGGUGCUCAUCACUUCGCGCACCCGCGACAAGAUGACAGCCAUCACCCAGAGUUUCCUCCACAAGGCCCUAGGCGUACACCGCUCCUCCGGACCCUGUACCUCUUCUUCCUCCUUUGGACAGCCAGGCUAUGCCAGCCCAGGAGGAGGAGUGUCCUCGUCGUCGUCGUCGUCGUCCUCCUCCUUCAACUUCAUCAUGCUCCCGCCCAACGAGGUGCUGGAACACUUCCUCCACAACUACGCGCGCAGCCUGGCCGAGUACUACCCGAUGGCGCAUGGGAUGCGUGUGGAUGUCAACGAGAUGCUGCAGAGCCACCACAACCCGGCGUCGACGCUGCUCGUCCUGCUCAUGAUCGCGCAGGGGGCUGCCAACAUGCCGAUGGAGGAGGCACGAUACCUCUCCGCAGGGCUGACGGAGACAAGCCGGAUUUCGCUAUUUGAUAUCAUCGAAAAGGAGAUUGAGCUGUCGGCUGACUCUGUUGCCCUGCGGUGUGCGCUGCUGUGUACGCGGCUUGGGGCUUGGAGUGGUGAUAAGUGGCAGAUGGAUAUUGCCGUGGGCCAGCGAGGCAUGUAUUUGUCGAUGCUUAAACAUGCUGGAAUGCUGGAGCCACAGUCGUCGAUGAUCCCGACUUUGCACGACUCCACCAGCACAGAACUACAGUGGAAGGCCUGGAUGCAUCGUGAAUCUCAGAAUAGGCUCGUCUACAAUUGGGUCAUGGCCGACCUAGAAUUAAGCCUCUUCCACGACACAAACCCCCUCCUCUCAACCUCCGAGCUCCGUUGCCCCUUGCCAGGGCCCGAGAUCCUCUGGCUCGCGCCCAACGCAGAACAAUGGCUCGCCGGCAUCCAGUCCCUCUACGGCUGCACCACCAACGUCAGCCCGCACCUCCUCACAACCACCCCGUCCUCCCUCCUCACCCCAUCCCUAUGCGACCUCUUCCAAGCCUUCCUCCACGACAACAUCGUCGCCCGCCACCACACCAACCUCAGCCACCAGCAGAUGCGCCUCCUCCUCCACCCCUUACAGUCCCUCCUCUGCCACCUCCGGCAGCUCCUCGCCUGCUUCUCCGACAUCACCUCCCCCCACCGCGCAGCAGCCGCCGGCCCCCGCGUGCCCACCAAGGCCUCGACCCACCAGCGCCUGGAGGAAGUCCAGGCCCUGCUCCAGAGGUGGUACGACCUCGCAGCCAGCCUGCAACAGGCCGAACCGCACUGCACCGCCUCCAAGUGCAACCUGGUCCUGUACCACCUCCUCUCCCUCAACGCCGUCACCAGCUUUCCCGAGAUCGAGGCCCUCGCGCGCAGGGACGGGGUCGAGGCAGGGGGCCCGACGUACUGGGAGCUGGGGCUCCGGCACAAGCGGUGCAUCUACCGCCGCGAGGAGGCGAUUUACCACUGUGGACAGGUGCUGCGGUGGCUGCGGGGCUUGCGGCCUGGGGAGGAGCAGCCGAGCUGGUGGAGCGCGGCGCUGUACCGCGUCACGCUCGUGCUCUGGGCGGAUGGGAUGGGGAGGCUGGAUCCUAGCUUCAGGACUACAGUGUCCCACCGCCAGGUGAGCGCCAGGACGAGCGACUGUGGGAGCCCUGGGGUGCUGUCCCUUUCUGCUGGGAAGGUUGCUGUGGACAGGCUUAGUCCUGAGGAUCCUGCUCUUGUUGGGUAUCUGUGGCGUGGAGAGGGUGUGGCGGUUGUUACGGGGCUGGAUGGGAGCCUUGUGGGCUUGGAUGAGCCUCUUGAUGUUUUGCAUUUGGGUAUGAAGAUCAUCGAGGGAGGUGUCAGCACGCGGAUUGGGGAUGGAAUCAGGAGGAAGUUGGCUACCCUGGCGAGUAAUUGGAGUUUAGACUCUAUUAAUAUUGGUUCUGGGGUGGUCAUGUAG